AUGACGUCGAUUCGAGAAUUAUUUGACGAUUUUCUGAAUGCGUCUGAAGCAAACACGACCAUAAAUGCAUAUAAUUCUCUGCAACAAAUACUUGAACACCCUAUUGGUUAUAUUGAAUUUCGUGAUGGAGUCACUACACAUUUGAAUUUCAAGAACAAGGGUCUCUUUAAAGUACUAGAUCAAAAGUGGACUCUGGCAGCCCCAUUACGAGACGGGCUUCUUAGCAAGGCACCGCCGAAAGUCGUGAUUUCUGGUGCUGGACCAUGUGGGUUACGAGCUGCUGUAGAAUCAGCACUGUGUGGCCACGAUGUAACUCUACUCGAGUUACGUGACGAGCUGUCCCGUCACAACAUCCUAAAGACGUGGCAAAACACAGUCGACGACUUGCUGGGAUUCGGUCUAGCCUCUUUCGUACCAGGUUUCAAACAGCAUGGACCUCUGCACUUGGGAACACGAGAACUCCAACUAUGUUUACUGAAAGCAGCACUCAUAUUUGGUGUAGACAUCCACUUUGGAGUUGGUGUAUGUGGUGUUAUAGAGCCUGAUGUAGAUCUAGGUCUUGAGCAUGCUGGUGCAUGGCGAGUCUGGACACUCCCACAGCGUGAAGCUCGACAGAAUCUAGGACGAGUUAUACCCGACAAUGAAGCUCAGGAGUUAUCUCUACGGCCUGGGGAACAGGACGUUAGUAAACUAUCACAGAAAUCCAAGGUCGAUUUUUAUGAAUAUGCUACAUCAAUGGAUGGUGCUGUACUACGUGCAUCUACUCGUCUUGAUGAUAUGAAGUUGGCACGAAUCCAAGCUGCAAAGUUGAUACCAUUCGAUACACUGAUUGUUGCAGAGGGUGAAUCGUCAAGGUUGAUUCGACAGUUAGGGUUUGAUCGAAAGAUAUUUAAAUCGAAUGAAGCUAUUGGGCUUGUCGUAAAUCUGGACUUUUCUGCUGCUAAACCAUUGUCUGAGCGACAGAAGCCUGAAUUUGUGCAUUCAAAGGCUAUGGCAACUUGGAAAGACGGCCCGCUUGGGAUUUUGAUGGGACAGGGUCUGGAUUUGGAGAAUAUCGAAUACAUGAGAGGAACCACACACUUUAUCGCGGCUACAACACGUACACGAGCAUUACAAGCGUUGGGAAUUGUAAAGGCCAUCGAGCCAACGGUUAAGGAAACGCUCGUGGCAGAAAAUAUGGAUUUUGAGAAGCUACGAGGCUUGGCUAGGCUCUUGGCUCAAUCAUGUGGUAUACCAGACGACGCAUCCCUCUCCGCAAAACACGGUGUCCAAGUAUUCGAUUUCUCAUGCCGAGGCCUUUGUGUCGAACCACUGAAAUUCCUACAACCAUCCACCUCACAAUCACCAUCUGCACUAAUACUCCCAGCAGGCGACGCUCUCCAAAACCCAUACUGGCCUCAAGGACUCGGCAUAAACAGGGGGUUCAUGAAUGCAUUGGAUUGUGUCUGGGCUGCUCACCUGAAGGCAACAAUGUCUGAUGAUAUAGUAGAUGAGGAGCGACGAUAUGCAUUCCGGGUCAUGGACUGGAGGACUUUUACAGCUGCUUCGAGUUUACAGAGUGGAAAAUAUUGGACUGUUGAUCCGUUAACGAGGUAUAGUCAUGCAUUGACUGUGAGUAUUAAUAUGCAUGAUAUCGAGAUGAAGGUAGCGAAGAGUAGUAUACCGCAGAGGUAUAGGGAUUUGCUGGGGAUUGUGUUUGUGGAGCCUGCUGGUGGUGCAGGUUGA